CACAGCCGAGUUGGACAGCAACAUCUUAAACACGCGUUAAUGAUCCGGCGGCGACUCAAGCAGAUCAGUUUUGUUUUGGGGCGUUGUCAUAAACACUCCACACUGUUGUGUGAUACACAGAUCCGUCAGGCACCGACACAGCGUGUGUGAUCCCCCAGUCACUGACUCGUCAAAACUUCUGCGCUUACCAACUGUGAUCUUCACUGCGAGCGUCACAUUGUUGCCAGCCACUGCUACAAGUCGACAUACGGAGCUGUCACGGCGAACUGAGCCCAGCGUCGUCCACAGCGGUGCAGCUCAUUGCUAACUAGGCUGCCUCCAAGCCCACAGGUAAUCGGCCAGCUUCCGUGGGAUUUGAUGUCACCUCUAGAUUGGUUCAACUGAAGAUGGAAACACUGGAGUCUGAGCUGACCUGCCCAAUCUGCCUGGAGUUGUUUGAGGAUCCCCUGCUCUUGCCCUGUGCCCACAGCCUGUGCUUUAACUGCGCUCACCGCAUCCUGGUGUCUCACUGCUCUACCAGCAAGCCCCUCGAGUCCAUAUCGGCCUUUCAGUGCCCCACCUGUCGUUACGUCAUCACGCUGAAUCACCGCGGCCUGGAGGGCCUUAAGCGCAAUGUGACGCUGCAGAACAUCAUUGACCGCUUUCAAAAGGCCUCCCUUAGCGGCCCCAAUUCCCCCACUGAGAGCCGGCGUCUGCAGCCGCAGCGGCCCUACACCGCCACCAUUAGCGGUACAAUAGCUGGAACAAUUGGCGGCGGUGGAGGUGGCACGAGUGGAAGUAGCGCCCGCGGCAGCCCGGCCACUUCCAGCCACUCCCACCCGCACGCCAACCACACCAACCACGCCAACCACACCAACGCAAACCAUAGCCCAGCUGUUGUUGCUAAAAUGGAUCCUCGCAUCAGCUGCCAGUUCUGUGAGCAGGAUCCGCCGCGUGAGGCCGUCAAGACGUGUGUCACGUGUGAGGUGUCAUAUUGCGACCGAUGCCUCCGCGCGACACACCCUAACAAGAAACCGUUUACCAGCCAUCGUCUGGUGGAGCCGGUGCCAGACACUCACAUCCGCGGCCUGACCUGCCUGGAGCACGAGAACGAGAAGGUCAACAUGUACUGCUUGGUGGAUGACCAGCUCAUUUGUGCCCUCUGCAAGCUGGUGGGACGCCACCGAGAGCACCAGGUGUCCUCGCUCACUGAACGCUUUGAUAAGCUUAAGGCUUAUCAGGUGAGCCCGGGCAGAGUGUCAGAUGCGGUAAUGGAGGCUUCAAAGACAAGCGCUGCGCAAACCCUGGAGAACAACCUGACCAACCUGGUGAAGAGGAAUAGUGAACUGGAAAACCAAAUGGCAAAACUCAUCCAGAUCUGUCAACAGGUUGAGGUGAACACAGCCAUGCAUGAAGCCAAGCUGGUGGAGGAGUGCGAUGAGCUUGUGGAGAUCAUCCGCCAGAGAAAACAGGUCAUCGCUGUGAAGAUCAAAGAAUCCAAGGUGAUGAAGCUGCGUAAGUUGGCUCAGCAGAUUGCAAACUGCCGCCAGUGUCUAGAGCGCUCCAGUGCUUUAAUCACACAAGCAGAGCAGAGCCUGAAGGAGAACGACCACGCCCGCUUUCUCCAGACCGCCCGAAAUGUAGCAGAAAGGGUUGCCAUGGCGACAGCCUCCUCCCAGGUACUCAUCCCUGACGUCAACCUGAACGAGGCUUUUGACAACUUCGCCCUGGACUUCUCGAGAGAGAAGAAGAUUCUGGAAGGGCUAGAUUACCUAACAGCUCCCAACCCGCCAUCCAUAAGAGACGAACUGUGCACCGCCUCCCAUGACACCAUCACUGUUCACUGGACGUCAGAGGACGAGUUCAGCGUCACCUCCUAUGAGCUGCAAUACACCAUCUACACCGGCCAGACAAAUUUCAUCAGUUUAUACAACUCUGCAGACAGCUGGAUGAUCGUACCCAACAUCAAGCAGAACCACUACACGGUGCACGGCUUGCAGAGCGGCACCCGUUAUAUCUUCUUUGUCAAGGCUAUCAACCAGGCGGGAAGCCGCAACAGUGAGCCAGCCCGUCUCAAAACCAACAGUCAACCCUUCAAGUUAGACCCAAAGACGGCCCACAAGAAGCUGCGUCUGUCCAACGACUGUCUUACCAUGGAGAAGGACGAGAGCUCGCUGAAGAAGAGCCACACCCCGGAGCGCUUCAGCGGCACGGGCUCCUACGGCGCGGCUGGUAAUGUCUUCAUUGACAGCGGGUGCCACUACUGGGAGGUGCUGCUGGGAGCGUCCACAUGGUAUGCCAUCGGCGUGGCUUACAAAUCAGCCCCGAAAAAUGAAUGGAGCGGCAAGAACUCGUCCUCAUGGGUGUUCUCUCGCUGCAACAACAACUUUAUGGUGCGCCACGACGGCAAGGAGAUGUUGGUGGAAGCGAGCCUGCAGCUGAGGCGGCUGGGUGUCCUGCUGGACUACGACAACAAUUCACUGUCCUUCUAUGACGCCAUGAACUCCCAGCACAUCCACACCUUUGAAAUCUCCUUCCUCCUGCCCGUUGUACCCACUUUCAUGAUCUGGAACAAGUCAGUCAUGAUACUCUCAGGGCUUCCCGUCCCCGACUUUGUCGAUGGUCUGGCGUCAGAUCUUCAAGAGCAGCAGCAGCAGCAGAUGGGCUUGUGCCGGCAAGAGUCGCCAUAUUUGACCGGGAUGAAAUCCUGCCACUGAGAAAAGCCGACCAACGGCCUGGCGGAGUCCACUCAGGCCCGGUGACUGAAAGGUUGAUUGGAAGCUGAAGGACACUGACAGUGUGACUGAGUUCUGCUCUGUCCUCCGAGUUAAGAGUGGGUCAGUUACUUUCUUAUGGAUUUAGAAAGUGUUGGAGAUAUGCACACCAGUCUGGAAAAAUGUCUGUCAUGUUAGCGAGCCAAUGCUUUGCAAAUCCAUCAGCGAAUGGGAACAAGGUCUGCAAAUGUCAGUAGACCUAAAAUUCAUCUGAUGCCCUAGAGUCACUGAGGACAGGGCUGGACAUCUGGUUUUAUGACCAUUUCAGGUCUUCCUUUUUGAUUUAUCUUCCUCCUGAAUUGACCCUAGGCAGACGACCAAGGAGGGAAUGUUCUCAUCAGCCAUUCAGAGUUUGAAGUUACAACAUGUGAACAGUGAGGUUAAAAAUGUCUCACCUGCAGUCAUUAAAAAAUACAGCAACAUGCAGGAAAAAAAAGUGAAGAAUCC